CCCUGCCGCUUAUGGAAUGGUCUCUUCCUUCGGGAGUCUGAUUUCUGCGGAAGAGACCAUUUGUCUGUCCAAAGAGGGGUGGCAAGGGAGCUGGGAAAUUCAAGAGGAGGAGACGUGAUUCGUUCAUUUGCCCUUUUGGAGUCGUUUUUGCAGUGCUGUCAAUAUGCACGGGAGGCUGAAGGUCAAGACGACAGAAGAGCAGGCAGAAGCCAAACGCCUGGAGCGGGAGAAGAAGCUGCACCAUUAUGUGACGGCCACCAAAGCCAUCUUUGAAAAGAGGAAAUUGGGGCAGCUGGACAAAGAAGCCCUGGAGCUGACCAGCCAGAUCUUGAGCGUCAACCCAGACUUUGCCACCCUCUGGAACUUCCGGCGGGACACUUUCCUCCACCUGCAAGAGGAGACCCCGGAAGAGAUGCAGGCCCUCUGCAAGGCAGAGCUUUCCUUCCUGGAGUCCUGCUUGCGUGUCAACCCCAAAUCCUACGGCACGUGGCACCACCGCUGCUGGGUGAUGGAGCACAUCCCGGAGCCGGACUGGGCCCGCGAGCUGGAGCUGUGCAACAAGUUCCUGGAGAGUGACGAACGCAACUUUCACUGCUGGGAUUACCGGCGCUUUGUGGUGCAGCGCUCCCUGGUCCCUCCCGAAGACGAACUGGCUUUCAGCGACAACCUCAUCAGCCGGAACUUCUCCAACUACUCCUCCUGGCAUUACCGCAGCCGCCUCCUGCCGGAGCUGCACCCGGAUCCUCACCAGCAAGGCCGGAUCACGGAGGAAGUCCUUCUCAAAGAGCUGGAGCUGGUGCAGAACGCCUUCUUUACUGACCCCAAUGACCAGAGCGCCUGGUUCUAUCACCGCUGGCUGCUGGGCCGAGCUGACCCAGAGCCAACCAUCCGCUGUCUCUACGUGAACAGAGAGGACGCCUCAUUGGUCGUGGCCUUCUCCCAUCCCGUGGCAGUGGCUCCAGCUUCACAUGACCUGGUUGUUUUCGGAGACGAAUCCCCGCUGGUGGUUCGGUGGCGCACCCCAGAUUGCCGAAACAAGCCUGGACUUAUGUGGCUGUGCGACUUGCCCUCCACAGCCCUCAACGACCACUGGCCGCAGCAUACCUUCCGUGUCCUCUGGGCUGAGGGCCAGUCCCAGAAGGAAUGCGUCCUUUUCAAAGGGCACAAGGACUGUUGGAGCCAAGACUCAGUCACGGAGGAACAGGUCUUCAGGUGUGAGCUGUCGGUGGAGAAGACAACAGUGCUCCAGUCGGAAUUGGAAUCCUGCAAAGAACUGCAGGCCCUGGAACCUGAGAACAAGUGGUGUCUCCUGACGAUCAUCCUCCUCAUGAGAGCCUUGGACCCUCUGGUGUACGAGCGCGAGACCCUCAGCUAUUUCAAGACCCUGAAGGCUGCUGACCCCAUGCGCUCAGCCUACCUGGACGACCUGCGCAGCAAGUUCCUGAUCGAGAACAGCAUCCUCAAGAUGGAAUACGCCGAGGCCCGCGUGGUGGAUCUGUCCCAGAGGGACCUCACCAGCCUUUGCCACUUGGAGCACCUCUCUGUCACCCACAUGAACCUGUCAGACAUUCUCUGCUCCUUGCCCUCCUCCCUGGCCAUGAUGUGCUGCUUGAGUCUUCAGGAGGCAGCGGAAGUAUUUUAUGUAGGGCUGCGUGGAAUUAAAGCAGUCCUCAUUGGCGGUUUUAACUUUAUCCUUUUUAUGUGCUUUAUCUACCUUGGGAGCCACUUCAAACUCCUUAAGGAAGAAAAGCAGCCGGUCCUGGAAGCCGACGCGAACCGGAUCGAGACCCUCGAAGGCCUGCCCCCACUUCCUCGCCUGGAGGAGCUCUCCCUCUGCAACAACCGCAUCCAGCGACCCUCUGACCUCCGACCUCUGGCCUCUCCCAAGCUGGCCCAUCUCAACCUGCGGGGCAACCCCCUCUGCCAAAUCCCGGGUGUCCAAUCAGAGCUUGCUACGCUACUGCCCAAUGUGGCGACCGUCCUCACCUGAUUGGCUGGGGAAGCCCCCUUCAAGGC